AUGAAGAUGAAGGAAGGAAUAAAGCUUUCUAAAAGCACAAUUUCAACUGGAGCUUAAUUGUUAUGGUUUUAUAAAAACAAACCUAUUGAAGAUCUGUCCCUACAUUUCAGAAGAUACUUGCUCUUAAGAUAAUACCUAUAAGAUCUGGAAUGCUGA